AUUUAAGUAGAGGAAGCCGUCUCCCCUUCGUCCGCUAGGGUUCCGAAGCCACGUGCGGAGAGGCUCCCCGAGUUCGCUGGAUUCCGGAGAGUCGAACGCGUGGUGCUACCGGCGGAGGGCAGCAACGGUGGGGAAGCGUCGCGGGGUUACUCGAUCUCCCCGGUGGCACAAUGGAGGCGUCGGACGUGAAGGGGAUCGAAGAGAGAGACACGCUGAUGGAGGAUGGAGCUCAAAAAUCCUCGGAAAUGGUCUCAGUUGGUUAUGAUUGGAAUAAUUUUCAAGCUUUGCUAGGUGACAUCCCAAAUGAUUUUGAAUCUUGGACUUCACUUAUAGCACAUAUUGAGAAGGCUUACCCUAAUGACCUGGAAAGGAUAUGUUUGGUUUAUGAUGCCUUCUUGUCUGAGUAUCCUUUAUGCUAUGGUUAUUGGAAUAAGUAUGCAAGUAAUAGGGCACGACUAUGCACUUUACAUGAGGUUGAGGAAAUCUAUGAACGGGCUGUCCAAGCAAUACCAUAUUCUGUUAAUCUGUGGGUCAGUUACUGUACAUUUGGUGCCUUAUCAUUUGAAGAUCCUGCUGACGUACGGAGAUUAUAUGAGAGAGCUUUGUCCUUUGUUAAGAAAGACUACUUGUGCUAUCAGCUGUGGGAUAAAUACAUUGAAUUUGAAUAUUCACUGAAGCAGUGGAGUCAGCUAGCUCAUCUUUACAUUAGAACACUAGUAUUUCCCACAAAGAAACUGCAAAGCUAUUAUGAAAGAUUUAAAAGGUUGAUUGAUAUGUGGUCAAAAGAGAUGGGUUGCCAGCAUGAUCUUGAUUUUCCAAGAGAAAAUACACAUAGUCAUGGGCUGAUAGAUAUCAAGGAUAGUGAAUAUGUAGAAAUCUCAAACCUAAUUAGAGAAUUUAUGGAUCAGAAAGCUUCAAAGUAUGCAUUUAAAAAAUUCCUAUCCAUCGGACAACAAUUAUAUCAGAGAUCAAGACAGAUAGAUGAAAAGAUCAGUUGUUUUGAAGCACAUAUCAGAAGGAAUUAUUUUCAUGUGAAGCCAUUGGAUUCUGGUCAGCUUGAGAACUGGCAUCAUUAUCUUGACUUUGUUGAAACACAAGGAGAUUUUGACUGGAUUGUAAAACUUUACGAGAGAUGUUUGAUUGCUUGUGCUAAUUACUCAGAGUUCUGGAUUCGAUAUGUUGAAUUUGUGGAAGCAAAGGGUGGCCGCGAGUUAGCAAAUCAUGCACUGACUCGAGCAGUGACUGUCUUUCUUAAGAAAGUCCCAGCUUUUUGCAUCUACAGCGCCAUGUUUAAGGAGAAAAUUGGUGAUGUCUCUGGUGCACGUGCUCUAUUUCUUCAGCGGGAUAUGGAUUUAGCUUCUAACUUGGUUGAAACUGUUUAUAGAGAAGCAAACAUGGAAAAGCGCAUGGGGAACACUGAUGUAGCUUACCUGAUAUAUGAAAAAGCAAUUGAAUUGGCUAAAGAAAAGGGGAAUCUGAAAAUCAUUCCAAAUUUGUACACUAAUUUUGCUCGUUUUACAUUUGUGGCAAGUGGUAGCUUUGAGGCAGCUAGAGGAGUUUUCGUCAAGGGUAUUCAGCAAUUACCAUGCAAAUCAAUCCUGGAGGGAUUGAUACACUUUGCAACAAUUCAUGGUGGAGCUUCUGAGAUACCUGUACUGGACACAAUUAUUGCAAAUGUAAUAGAGCCAGAAUCAAAUGUAUAUGGAGCUUUGGGUUUGCAAGAUCGUGAAGACAUAUCUAGGUCAUUCUUAGAGUUCAUGGACCUUUAUGGAAAUAUUCAUGAAAUUAGAAAGGCAUGGGAUCGCCAUAGGAAACUUUUCUCGCAUAUUAUGAGAGUACCACUCGACCGUACAUUUGUGGAGAAAAGCAGUAUACACAAGAGCAAGGACGGAAGGAAGGGAACAGUGAGUGCUGUUUCUCGUAGUGGUUGUUUUGAUAACAGCAAUCCAGCCCUGGGUAUGCAUCAGGUGAAACACUCACCUGCACAAUAUAAUGUUGAUAUCCUUUCAGAAAGGGAUGCAACUAGCAACUUGCAUUUGGAGAUAGAUAAAAAUAGUGCAAAGGAAAUACAGGGACAGGAUGCUAAAUUACCAGAGCAGCCUAUGAUGGAACAGAGUGGACCGCAUGUCAUCACUAAUGAGCAAGUUCAUGAAGCUCCUGCUACGGCUCAAGUAACAGAUGUCCCCUUGGAAUGCUCUAAGAUUGAAAAUGAUAAACCUGAACACAAUUCAGAUGACAACAUAAGACCACCUUCGCGCGACAAUCUCCAAAUGAAUUCUCCAGACUCUGACAGUCGGCAGGUGACUUUGAACACUCUAGUUGAGACUGAACUUUCAGAACAAGUAAUUACGGUUCCAUGUGGCAGCAAAGUUCACGAUGGUAUGGACACAGUUGAGGCCUCUGGAUGUGAUGAACCUGAUCCAUUGGACAUGAAAUUAAGCACAUCUUCUCAAGCUGAUUUUCAGAAAGAUGAGUCACAUUCGCAUCAAGCUACUGAGCCUCCUGCUAUAGCUGCAGAAUUGAAAUUGCAACAGCAACAGAGCGCUCAAUCAAAGUCUAAAUUGAAGCAUGAUUUACCUGUUAGUAUUGCAUCUCCUCAACUUGAUAGCAGCGGAGGAAGCUGGACCCAGAUGAGCUAUGGAAGGCAGGCUCCUGAAGAAGUUACCUCAUCUCAUCAGCAUAGCCAAGCAUCACAACCUCAGCAAGGGCAGGUUCCUGCACAGAUCCAGAACCCUUCUGCUGGAACUAGCUCACAGCUUCUUAUGGAUCAAAGUCAUCCAUGUCAGUCUCAGGUUUGGACAAGCACGCAAGCUCAGCAGGCUAACCAAAUCCAGCUUCUGUAUCAGAUGGCUGCUGCUCAAGCCUACCAAAAUGGCAACUAUGCUUGGGCAGGGCAAAAUAUGCAGCAUCAGGGUUUGGUAUAUGUGCAACCCCAACCCAGCCCUCAACCUGCUUCUCAAGCCCAAACUCUAGUUUACCAGCAACUGCACCAGAACAGUGAACAAUAUGGAUAUUCUCAAAGUGGCCAAGUGUUUGCACCUCAUAUCUGGCAUUAUUAUCAGCAACAAUUGUACUAUCUGCAACAGCAACAGCAGCAGCAGCAGCAGCAACAACAGUCAUCACAGAUUUCACAGGCACAACAACCACAAGAAUCUCUCUCUCAGCAGCUGUCACUGGAGACCCAACAAUUGCUCCUCCAACUACAGCAGCAACAAUACCAACAACUUAACCAACAGGAGCCGCAACAAAACCUUUCUUCGCCAACGCAAAACCAGAACCAUCAACAUCAGCCGCAGCAAAAACCAUCUCAUCUUCAGCAACAGAAUGAGCAGGCUAAUCAGACACAAGAACAGCAGCAGCUUUUAUACCUGCAACAACAGCAGCAACAGAUGUAUCUUCAUCAGCAGCUGUACCUGCAGCAGCAACAGCAGCUACUUCAACAGCAGAUGCUCCAGCAGCAACAGCAACAAGCACCACAACAAUUUUUCCAACAGCAGCAGCUACUACAACAACAGCAACAACAACUUUUGCUACUACAGCAGCAGCACCAACAGCAGCAACUAUUACAGGUGCAGCAGCUAGAGCACCAACAGCAGCAGAGAUUCGAUGCAUCAGAAAUUCAAGUUCAACCGACUAGUUCUCAUCUUCAGGCUGAAGAGGCCAACUUGAUGAAAGUUGAGCAAACUACGGGUUCUCAGUCAUCGACCCCCCAGCGGACUCCCACCAAGCAGUGAUUAUGUUUGUCCAAGUCCAAAACUUAUGAUGGUUAUGUAGGCAUCUGUUGAAGUUUCUUCGGUCGAAGGAUGAUUUGGGACCGCCUCCGAGUUGAACUAGAUUUGAUAGAAUCAAGUAUUCCGGAUGUUCGAGUGAGUGCACCAAAUGAUAUGCCGACUGACUCGCAUUGGGGAAAUUCGUGAUGCGGACGUAUUAAUGAUCGCCCAGGUUCCAUGAAGUGAACUAGAUUUGAUAGAAUCAAGUAUUCCAGAUGUUCGAGUGCACCAGGUGAUUUGCCAACUUGUAUCGUUGGAUAUUAUUGGAAAUUCUUGAUCGCCCAUGAGACUUCCAUAUGAAAUCAUCACUAAUUAUAAAUGUUCUUAGGGUUUAAAA